AUGGGUUUUUUCUACAGCGGGUACCACAAGCCUAGUGGGAAGAACAUAAAAGACAGGAGAGCCCAAAUAUUUUACGUUUUGGGACUGUUCGUACUACCCACCAUCGUGACUUAUGCAGGUAGCAACUACCACGUGCUGAAUUUUUUCAUUGACACCUUUAAGCCGAUUGAAGUACCCAGGGAAGUAGACUUUGAGAUCAUUAGAAAAAUAUACCAUGAUAAGAAGCCCACAUCCAAGAGCUCGGAUUACGACGAAAAUACGAACAUGUAG